UACAAAGAGCAAUAAUACAAUACUAUACAAUAAAAAUACCGAGAAAGUGAAAACAACGAUAAACUAAACAAUGUUCUGAUAAACAAAAUUAAUGUUAUCGACUUUUGACCUCCGAACUCACCAUGAACUAGAGUUUGCAUCUUUUAAAUAAUCCCGAAUGACUUUCAGUUAAACACGUUGAAAACGAUUGGCAAAAUGUGGUGUACUUUUGUCUUCGUGUCGAUCAUCGUUGUAGUGUGUAACUGUGAGCAGAUUUCUAUUAGCUCCACAAUCACCCCUGACACCGAACGCCAAAAACUAAUAAAUAUUCUGAACACCUUGAACGAGAAAGUGGAACUACAAUCGACAAUCAGAGAAAUUAAUCACCGUUUAGAAAAUCUAGAAAAGCAGUUCACUUCUGUAGCCGCCUCUUGUGAAAUCAGUCGUCAUUUAGAAAAACCGAAGCCAACACUGGUGACAACUGAUUCUACGAAAAUCAAUAAAACGAAAGAAAUUGUCGAAAGUUUAAAGAAAAUGGAGCUGCAAAUCACGGAAUUGAAAAAUUCAGGAGAAACUUUCCCCACAGGAAAGACUAUUCCAGAAAACUGCCUAGAAGUAAAAAAGCGUGGAAAUAACGUCACUGGCGUUUUCCUAAUCAAACCCAAAUUCGCGUCUGCCCCUUUUCUGGCGGUUUGUGAUUUGACCACGAGAGGUGGCGGAUGGACCGUCAUUCUAAACAGAUUCGAUGGAAAAGUGGAUUUUUAUUUAGGUUGGCAGAGCUACAAAGUCGGGUUUGGGAAUCUAGCUGGAGAGUUCUGGUUAGGUUUGGAAAACAUUCAUCAAUUAUCUGGUUACCAAGUCAACGAGCUACUAGUCGAACUAGUGGAGUCCGACAACAAAGAAACUUUUGCUAGUUAUGACCAUUUUAGUGUUGGUAGUGAAGUGGAAGGUUAUGCUUUGAAAACGCUGGGAGGGUUUAGUGGAACUGCGGAAAAUUCGUUUGCCUAUCAUGGUGGUUUCAAAUUUACUACUAAGGACAAAGACCAAGAUUUACAUACAGGAGUAAAUUGUGCACAAUCGUAUAGUGGAGCUUGGUGGUAUGGUGAAUGCCACCAUAGUCAACUGACUGGUCUUUACAAAGGAGCCACAGACAAAUACAAAGGAGUUCGAUGGGGGGAGAGGUUUUAUCUGAAAAAGGCCAGAAUGUUGAUUAGACCACAACUGGAUCUCUCCUUGACACUAUGAAGACUUGGUACCUCGACAAACGGCUUUACAAUGUGUUAAUCUUUUCUUUUUUUUGUAAUUAUUGCAUUUAUAGAAGCAUUUGUAUAUCUACAA